UGUUUUGACAUCUCCGCAGCUCCGCCCUCGGCCGCCACGCCCGGCCCUGCGGGGGUCUCAUUCCCGCCUGCGGCUCCGAGCCGCGGCUCCUCCUUUUCGCCGUUCUCGGCGCCCCGCUCCGUUCCCGCCCCGCGGUGCGGCUCGGGUGAUUUGCGCCCUUUUCUCGCACCGCUCCUUUCUCUCCCGAACUGCGCUCGGACGAACCCAGGAGCGCCGGAAAGCGGCUUCGCAAAGCCGGCCGCGCCGAUGGCGGCGGAGCCCUGCGGCGCUCGAGGCGGGGGGACGCGGGCGGCGGAGCGGGCGGCAGCCCGAAUCCCAACCGCAGCCGGAGCCGCGCCAGCCGCGCGCGGCGCUGCCGGUAGGAACCAAAGCUCCCGCUCGGCGUUGCCACACAGAAUUGCGUCCCCCCGCCGCGGCCCAGCGGCGCUCCCGGCCCGGCCGCGGGGAUGGAGGCGAAGGAGCUGCAGGAGCGGCUGCGGGAGGCGGCGGCGCUGGGGGACGCCGAGGAGGUGCGGCGGUUGCUGGCGCUGGGCGUCAGCCCCAACGCGCAGAACGAAGUCAACGGCUGGACGUGCCUGCACUGGGCCUGCAAGCGGAACCACGCGGCGGUGGUGGCCCAGCUGCUGCUCUGCGGAGCAGAUAAGGAGAUCCUCAGCAGGAAGGGGGAGCGGCCGGCCCAGCUGACGUCCCACAAGGAGAUCCGCAGGAUGCUGGGAGUGGAAGAGGAUGAACUCCCAGAUGUAACAACCGAUUCGGAGCUGCCCAUCAUCCCUAACUACCUGGCUAACCCACCUUUCCCAUACGUUUAUAACUCCAUGAGCAGCAGCCUCCCGGAGCCCCCUGUCAACGGCAGUGCGUCCCACGGGGAACGGCAGAGCUCUGCCUCCUCCCUGCCGCCCGCUGCACAGCUGUGUGUGCGGCCGUCGGCGCGCGGUGAGGACGCGGCUCCCGCUGUGUGUGCCGGCUUGCGGUGCUCCGGGGCCGCAGCUCAGAGCGCGCUGCUCCAGGCUCCGUGGGGCACAGCUCCUCCUUCCCCUGCCGGACCGCAGCAGCCCGGAGCUCCACUGGGCAGCAGCUCCUGCGCGGGGCCCAUGCCGACCUUCCAGCCCGUGUUCUUCACAGGAGCUUUUCCACUUAAUAUGCAAGAACUGGUGCUUAAAGUUAGAAUACAAAACCCUAGUCUUAAAGAAAAUGACUUCAUUGAAAUUGAGCUGGACAGACAAGAGCUGACCUAUAAGGAACUGCUCCGAGUGAGUUGCCAUGAGCUGGGUGUUAACCCUGAACACGUACAGAAGAUCAGAAAAUUACCAAACACAAUGCUAAGAAAGGACAAAGAUGUGGCAAGGCUACAGGAUUUCCAAGAACUGGAACUUGUUCUGACAGUAAGCGACAAAAACUUCCCUUUCAGAGCCCCAGCACUUUCCGAACAGAGUGGUUAUAACAAGAAGGCAUCAGAACUGACCUAUUAAUCAUUUAAAGAAUAAAACAAACUAUUUCUAUCUCUCAUUUUAAAAUUACAUUUGAAAUACGGUAUCUCUAAGGGCUAACGAUGUGAAGAAAAAAAAUCUAUUUUGUUAACUUUGAAAUAAACUGAAGCUGUUCUGCACUAAA